ACUACUGUACUGAACUGAACUACUGGACUGAACUACUGAACUGAACUGAACUGAAUUGUACUGAGUUUGUUUUUUUCGUUUUGCAUCAGCUGCUUUGUAAAGUGUGUAACUGACUUGUUUCCAUAGAAACCGGUGGUUGGUCUUCAUGACCUGCAGUUACUGGUGUUACUGGGAAGGCCAGUAAAGUCUUCACUCCCAUUUUGCUCCCAGUAUGAAUGAGCUGGAACAGAACCUUCUGGUUCCCUCAGGAUGAUGGUUCUGGUUGGAUUCACUGGGAGAAUCCCAGUCCUCCCAGUGUGGAAGCGGAGCACCAGACAGGACUGUUUGGACCCUAGAAGCUUCAGCGCUGAUCUAUGAUGUUGCUUCAUGUCCGGUUUCAUCACCAAAAACCACAGAACAAGCGUUGUGUGGGCGGGGCCAGCGGUGGGCGGGGCCAGCGGUGGGCGGGGCCAGCGGUGGGCGGGGCCAGCGGUGGGCGGAGCGCUGGCUCCUCUCAGAAGGAGCAGACCGAGGAGCAGCUUCUCAGUCCUCUGUGUUGCAUCAAAGAUCCUCUACGACCAGACAGAGCUCUCACUCCCAGAAGAACAGAGAUGAUGUCAGGUGUGACUCCAUCAGCUGAUUGGUCGUCAGGCUCUCCAGCCACCAGGGGUCAGAGGUCAUCAGGCUUCAGGAUGAAGCUCGGCGCUGAAGCUCACUGGUCGGCCUCGGAUGAAUCCGGGCUCCUCAGACGGCCUCACCGAUUGGACGACCCCAGUCUGUCACUGGGCUCCGCCUACAGCCCGCCUCCUGUCUACUCCUUAUAUGGGCAUCCUGCUCCGGCUCCGCCCCCUGCCUUCCUGCGUCCCUCCCCACCUGGAUGGGACCUGCUCAGUCCUUCCUGGUCUCCGGCCUGGAGUGAGCCAGAGCGCCGCCAGUGUUUCGGCUGCGGGACCCACAGCGCCCUCCUGUGGAGGAGGGAGGCAGCAGGAACGCACCUGUGUUCCACCUGCAGCGUGCGACAGCAGAACCCGCCGCUGCUGCGGCCCAAGAGGAGAGCGGUGAGGUCACGCCUGCUGGUUACCGUAGAAACAGAUCCACCUGGGGGCAGAGCCAGAGCCUCUUGCUGGAACUGUGAGAAGGUUCUCAACCGGGUCAGAACCGACCCAGUCAGAAGCUGCUGCUUCAUCCAGACUGGAGGAAAUUCAGCCUCCAGCCAGCAGGGGGCGCUGUGUUCAGGCGUCCUCAGCGUUCCGUCUCUUCCUGCUUCCAGGCGGCGGCCAGGAAAGGAACUCAGUGCUCCAACUGCGGGACGGGAACCACGUCUUUGUGGAGGAGAAACGCUGCAGGAGACGCCGUCUGCAACGCCUGUGGCCUCUACUACAAGCUGCACCAGGUGCAUCGGCCACUGGCACUGAGGAAGGACGGGAUCCAGACCAGGAAGAGACGAUCGGCCAAUCAGAGGCCAGGCAGGAAGGGAGCUGACCAAUCAGGGCCCUGGGCUGGCCCGCUGUG